CAUAGCUAAGCGCUUGCAUAGAGUUCUCUAAUGUCAUCCAAAUUUUGAGACUCACCACCACACAGGAAAAAUGGCGCUACCAAUGUCCGUACAAUUCCCGGUGACCUCUCCUUUCCCACCACCCACAAAAGCCGGUCACCCACGCACGUCCGUACUGCCCAAACCGCCACGUGUCGGUCACCUUUCUCUUUCUCACCCCAAACUCAGACCCCUAAACCUAAUAUCUCUCAGUCUCAGGCUCAAAGCCAUUGAAGAGACCCGAGAAACUCCCGAGUCCGAGGCCCAGCAAACCGAGUCGGAAUCGGAGAGUCAGCCCGGCGGCGAGGUGGGAUCGGAGAUCAAGGAGGCGAUGCGGAAGAGGAAGGAGCAGCAGCAGGGAGAGGGGGGUUUGUGGAGCGGAGUGGCGGAGGAGAUCGGAGAGAUCGAGUGGCCGCCGUUUGGUAAGGUUUUGGGCACGACGGGUGUCGUUUUGGGUGUGAUUGCAGGGUCGAGUGUCGUUUUGCUCACUGUGAAUGCCGUUUUGGCUGAGCUCUCUGACCGGGUUUUCGCCGGUAGAGGAGUUCAGGAUUUCUUCGGCUGACAAAUAGUGGUGUUAAGACACGUGGGCUCGGCCCAGUAAAGAAGGAAGAGAGGCCCAUUAAGGUUAAGACACGUGGGAAGAAGAUGUAUGUGCCACAUUUUGUGACUUUGUGAGUGAGAUCAUAUAGUGUGUUCUAGGGUAAGACUUUUGGAGAAUUUUUGAAUGAAUUGUGUAAAUCUUGCUAGCAACCUUUUUUUUAUGCACAUUGCGAAAUUGUAACUCA